AUGAAGGGAGCUCUGCUUACAGCAGCUGCGCUGCUUGGAGCCGCUGAGGCCGGCGUCCACAAGAUGAAGCUCCAGAAGAUCCCGCUGUCGGAGCAGCUGGAGACCAUGCCCAUCGAGUACCAGAUGAAGGGCCUUGGCCAGAAGUACAUGGGCGGCCGACCCCAGGCUCACGCCGAGGCCAUGUUCAAGGCCGGCUCGGUCAGCGCCGAGAAGGACCACAUCGUCCCCAUCACCAACUUCAUGAACGCCCAGUACUUCUCCGACAUCACCAUCGGAACACCUCCCCAGGAGUUCAAGGUCAUCCUCGACACCGGCAGCUCCAACCUCUGGGUUCCCUCCCAGUCCUGCGGCAGCAUCGCCUGCUACCUCCACUCCAAGUACGACUCGUCGGCCUCGUCCACCUACAAGAAGAACGGCACCGAGUUUGAGAUCCGCUAUGGAUCCGGCAGCAUGACCGGCUUCGUCUCCCAGGACACUCUCACCAUCGGUGACCUCACCAUCAAGAAGCAGGACUUUGCUGAGGCCACCACCGAGCCUGGCUUGGCCUUCGCCUUCGGCCGCUUCGACGGCAUCCUGGGCAUGGGCUUCGACCGUCUCUCGGUCAACGGCAUCGUCCCCCCCUUCUACCAGAUGGUCAACCAGGGCCUCAUCGACGAGCCCGUCUUCGCCUUCUACUUGUCCAGUGAGAACGGCGGCUCCGACUCCGAGGUUAUCUUCGGCGGCGUCGACAAGGACCACUACACCGGCAAGAUCACCGAGAUCCCCCUGCGCCGCAAGGCCUACUGGGAGGUCGACCUCGACUCCAUCUCGUUCGGUGACUCGACUGCCGAGCUCGAGAACACUGGUGUCAUUCUCGACACUGGCACCUCCUUGAUUGCUCUGCCCUCCGACCUGGCCGAGCUCCUCAACAAGGAGAUCGGCGCCAAGAAGAGCUUCAACGGCCAGUACACCGUCGACUGCUCUGUCCGCGACAGCCUGCCCGAUGUCAGCUUCAAGCUCAGCGGCUACGACUUCUCCAUUACCCCCUAUGACUACAUCCUCGAGGUCCAGGGCAGCUGUAUCUCUACCUUCAUGGGCAUGGACAUCCCCGCCCCCACCGGCCCUCUGGCCAUUCUGGGUGAUGCUUUCCUGCGAAAGUGGUACUCCAUCUACGACCUGGGCAAGGGCACUGUCGGCCUUGCCAAGGCCAAAUAA